AUGGCGCCUAGCAACCAACUAUUUACUUUGCGUUCAAUUAUUGAGAAAGAUAAGUUGAAUGGAACAAACUAUGCAGAUUGGAUCCGCAACCUGAGAAUUGUUCUCAGGGCUGAGAAAAAGGAAGAUAUUCUAGACACCCCAUUACCAGAUGAGCCUGCUGAUAAUGCACCUGCUGCAGAGAAAACCGCUUACAAGAAAGCAUGUGAUGCUGAUCUUGAAGGCUUGAAUGAAUUAUGUGGCAUGCUUAAAACAGCAGAGGCUGAUAUAAAGAAAGGUGCUAGCAGUAGCCAUGUGAUGUCUGUCCAAAACAAGCCUAAAUUUAAAAGGAAGGGCAAUUCUUGGAAGAAGAAAAAGGACAAGGCUAAAGAUGAGAUCUCUAAGCCAAACCCAUCUGCGCCCAAGGCUGGACCAGCUGCUAAUGCUGAGUGCUUUCAUUGUCAUGGGAAAGGUCAUUGGAAGAGGAACUGCAAGCUGUACCUGGAAUCCAUAAAGGACCGCGGCAGUAAAGGUCAUAUAAGUGAGAAUCGCAUGAAGAGGCUCCAUUCUGAUGGGCUUUUAACUUCGUUUGAUUUUAAAUCAUACGAGACAUGUGAGGCUUGCCUGCUGGGCAAGAUGACCAAGACGCCUUUUACAGAUAAACUAACACCCAAGUCGGACAAAUGCUUUUUCGUGGGAUAUCCGAAGGAAACUUUAGGGUAUUACUUCUACAACCGAUCAGAGGGCAAAGUGUUUGUUGCUCGGAAUGGUGUUUUCUUAGAGAAAGAGUUUCUUAAAAGAGAGAAAAGUGGACAGAAGGUGUAUCUUGAAGAAGUUCAAGAUAAGCCAGUUGGGAAGGAAUCUACGAGUGAUGCUAAUGUAGCAGAACAAGUUGAGAUACCCGUGGCAAUAGAAACACCGCCGCAACCACGAAGGUCGGCAAGAAUCCAUGAGUUGCGUGGGGAUUUGUUAUUGUUAGACGAUGACGUACCUGCGACUUAUGCGGAAGCAAUGAUGGACCCAGAUUCCGAGAAAUGGCAAAGUUUUGUGUUCACAAUAAACGGUGGUGUUGUAAGUUGGAAAAGUUCCAAGCAGGAGACGGUGACCGAUUCUGCAACAGAAGCCGAGUACAUCGCAGCUUCUGAAUCUGCAAAGGAAGGUGUUUGGAUGAGGAGGUUUCUCAUUGAUCUUGGUGUGUUUCCAAAUGCGUCCAACCCAUUGAAUCUACAUUGUGACAACAAUGGGGCAAUUGUGCAGGCUAAGGAACCAAGGAAUCACCAAAAGAAUAAACAUGUACUGCGGAAAUUUCACCUUAUUCGAGAAUUCAAUAGAAGAGGUGAGAUCAAAAUGUGCAAGAUACACACGGAUUUGAAUGUUGCAGAUCCUUUGACAAAGGCUCUUCCACAGCGUAAGCAUGAGGCGCACAUGAGAGCUAUGGGUAUUAGAUAUCUUCGAGAUUAA